AUGCAGUACCGAUUUGUAUCCGUUCUUGCUGCUGGUGUGUUAGUUGGUGUGAGCAGCGCUGCACCUGUGCCUUCAGCUGAGGCACAAACCCUCGGCAUAACCAAUCCAAACGACUUCCAGCUCGGCAAGCCUUCCAGCGAAGUCAUCUGGAGCAAGCGCGACGACGAACCCACCAACCCAGAUGAUAUGCAGCUCGGGCCCCCAACCAGCGAGAUCAUCUGGAGCAAAGAUAAGAAACGCGCUGUCACCUUCGGGGCACCAAAAGACACCUUUACUAUCAGCAAGCCCAAGACAGUUGUAACAUGGGGCAAAGAGAAGCGCGACACGAUCCCACAACCCGACACCAUCGAUUUGGGAAAGCCUAGCUCCGAGGUCAGCUGGGGGAAGGAGAAGCGCCAGACGUUGGAGAAUUCGGACUCGGAGACGACGUGGAGCAAGCGCGAGACAGAGAAGCCAAAGGAUAGCUUCAAGCUUGGUAAGGCUACUACAGUCGUUACUUGGUCUUGA